CUCCAGUACAAAGGAAUCUCUCUUUAAUGACCGUUAAUAUCGCAGGUUGCGGUAACAGACUGAAAACCGGCGAUGCCAAACGUAUCAUGGGCGGCGAGGACGCUACUCCCCUCGAAUUUCCGUGGCAGGUUGCCGUCUUGCGUAACGGCCAACAGACGUGCGGGGCAUCGGUCUUAAGCGACGAGUGGGUUAUCUCUGCUGCACGUUGCUUCGAAGACAGCAGUUCGUCUUACGCCUUACUGUUUGGAAGACAUGAUCUUAAUAAGCCGGAGCCGUCCCAAGAGUCUCGACUUCUCCAGAAAGACGAAAUUAUACGACACGAGAACUUCGACUUCCACAGAAACUUUGAUUACGACGUGGCACUAAUACGAUUAUCGGAGCCACUUCGAUUCGACAACCCCAAUGUGAAGCCCGUUUGUCUCCCAACAGCCGGAGAAGACUUUACCAAAGUUCUCUGCACCGCGAGCGGAUGGGGCAUAAUGGCACCAGAUGGACCUCCUCCCGCAGUCCUACAGAAAGUGGACGUCCCCGUGUGGAAAGAAGAGGAAUGCAAGACUGCGCUCUUCCCUGCUAUCACGAAUACUAUGAUGUGCGCAGGAUACGAAAAUGGCGGAAAGGACAUUUGUAACGGCGACUUUGGAGGUCCCCUCAUUUGUCCAAGGAACCACAACAACGAGACUUGGGUUCUAGCAGGAAUCAGUUCCUGGAGCAACGGCUGUGGUGAACCACACACACCUGGAGUGUACACACGCGUCACAGCUGUGCUGCGUUGGAUUAAGGAUAAAAUGGGCCAGCUCUAAUAUAGAAGGAGGCAGCCUUUGAAUACAUAUCAAAUAAAUAUCAAUAU